AUGUUUAUGAGUGGCUCUUUGGAAUGUUCACUGAUAAAUUCGCUGUCGGAUCGCGCAGUGCAUAUUCAUGAUCGAUUGUAUUUGGGUGGUUCGCAUAAUAUUCGUGGAUUCCAAUGGAAUUCAAUCGGUCCGCGAGUUGACAGCUCGGCCCUCGGCGGGGCUGCUUCUUACGCCGCAAUUCUACACAUUUACAGACCACUAGUUCCGGCCGAUAUGCUGUUUGCACACAUGUUCAUUGCGAAUGGUUCGAUUGCAUCGAUUCGCUCUAAAGAUCGUUUCAACGAUAUGAUCAACGCACAACGUAUCACCGCUGGCCUCGGUCUUGUUUUCGUGUUCCGGAACUUGAUUCGCUUCGAGAUGAAUUACUGUAUCCCUUGCAGGUAUGUGCCGGGUGAUUUCUGUUCACCCGGUCUUUAUUUCGGAGCUGGCAUCAAUUUCUUAUGA